GUCUAUCCAAACCAGCAUUCUGCUUCUACCAAUUCCUGAUGCAAUUCACCUUGGGAAAGGUGAAAAUUCCCUGUAAUGCCCCCGGCCAAUUGUAUACACCUGCAUAUGGGGAGAAAAUUCCUUUUCUAAGAACCUGAUCUGUGCUGGAUUCUCACUGAUGGGUCUUUGGUUCCUAGCUCAAGACUCGUUAGAACCCUCUCCUAGCUGUUCAGGUUUUGGGGCCCUAGAAAAUAGCAUGGCAUCAGUGCCAGGCUGCUUACUGGCAGUUUUGUCUGCCAUCCCCACGGAGUAUAAAUGUCUCCAAAUGUUCAACAUCACAGCUAGUAAAUGAGCUUGCUUCAGGGACUGCACCUCAUCAAACCAGCACUCCAGCUCUUCCCCAUGUCUCAGCUAUACUCAUCUGGUGGUGGUUUGUGUCUGCAACUGCUUUCCAGGCAGCUGUGGUCAUCUGUGGGAAGUUUUGAGGCCAUUGCCUGGGCAUGGUGGUGCAUGUUUGGGCAAUUUCCUUGGCAUUGAGGAGCCACUAUUCUUUGGCCUUUUCCAGGGCUCCAAUACCUGUUUUUGUCUCUUGGCUGGUGACUUGACACUGAGCGACAUCCACUUAAGUGUCUCUCUGUUUGAUGCUUGUUCUUCACUCACCCUGUUUUUGUGUAUGGUAUUGUUUUGGCAGGUGUCUUUUGGUGGCAGGUUUUUGGUCUGCAAAGAAAUGCUUGUGGUGGUGUUUGUUUUACAGGUGAGGUUCUGGGUAGAGGCAGUGGUUCUUGGAGAGGGAGCUGUGCAAGCUGCAGGAGAGUUUGCUUUCUGCCUUGGUCUCUGACUGGGGUCAAUUCUUGAGACAGAAUUGCUCCCUGGGAAUCAGGCAUUGGAGUUGGGCUGAUAUUCCUGAAAAAAAGGGAUUGCCUGCAUUUCUGUUCCGGGGCUGGUGUAUGUAUGCAAAUAAAAUGAGUUACACUUGGAAUACACCCAGAUUCCAUAUUGUUCACUUCUCCACUGGGAAGCUAAUGGGCAAAGCCCUAAUAUCUGCCAUCACUUGGCAAAGAGGUGACAUAGGUAUCAGCAGAGGGCCGUUGGUGUCAGAAGAAGGGAAAACAAGGAGGAAGGAGGCUGCUCCUCUGCUCCAAAAUCUGUCACAGGCUGCUGAGCAUGCGGAUAUUGUCUGCCUCAGAGUUUACCACUAGUGCCGAGGUGUUGGACACAUCAGUGGAUGUACCUGAGUGGUGAAGAGGCGUGUGGAGUACCUUCAAGCCCUCUGAGGCAUCCCAGAGUGGCCCUGUAAGUUGGGCUUUCUGACACACCCUGUCAAAGCCCCAACUCUGGACAGUUCUGCCUUAAGGCUUCUGGAUUUCACCCUCCUGCAUUCACUUGGCUGAAGCAGGGAGGAGGAUAAAGUUUCUGUGUAUAUUCUGGGCAACCUAGUUUGAUUACUGCUGCUCUUGUGAAUCUAUCCUGAAGCCUACAAUACCGACUUCAGGGCAUCCUGUUGCUCUCUCUUGGCAGGUGUACGAUCACUUGAUGAAUCAGAGUAACUACUGCACCAAGACCUGAGGCUUGAACCCCAAGAGUUUGGUGCUCCAGGUGCAAGAAACUCUAGUCUUGGUGCUGGUGUCCCUGGCACGGAUAGUUGUGGCAAAGCCAGUGAUGGUGUUUUCCAGAGAGCUUGGGAUGACCCAUAUUGUGUAGACCAUUCCAGCUGCAUGGGGGGGCAGGCUUGAGGGAUCAUGGCGUGGAUGGCUGCUAUUUAGACUCGUAUGAGCUAGAAGAUUGGUACAGAUUCAAAGGCCAGGAGCGGGCGAUUGUGCUCAUCUAAUCUGACCUCCUACAUAACUCAGGCCAGAGAACCUCACCCAGUGAUUCCUGCAUUGAGUCCAAUAACUUAAGACACUGGGAAUGUAAAGACUGCAAAUGAUGGAGAAUCUCUGUUGGCCAGUGGUUAGUUACCUGUGCUGUUAGAAAUUUGUGCCUUACUUUCAGGUUGAAUUUGUCCAACUUCAGCUUCUAGCCAUUGGAUCUUGUUCUGCCUUGUCUGCUAGAUGAAAGAGCCAUCUGCUAUCAGAAAUUUCCCCAUGUAAAUAUUUCUAGGCUGUGAUAAAGUCCCUUCUUAACUUAAUUUUCAAUAAACUAAAUAGAUGGAGCUCCUUACGUCUCUCAUUGGAAGGCAAGCUUUCCAAACCUUGUCUGCUUCUUAUGGCUCUUUCUUGAAUCCUCUUGUUUAAUGUCCUUUUAAAAGUGUAAACACUAGAAUUGGACCCUAUAUUCCAGCAAUAAUCUCACCAGUGCCAUAUGCAUGGGGGGAAUGCCACUCCCUCCUCCUGCUCUCCCUGUUUCUACAUCUGUCAAAGGCUACAUUCCCCAGUUGCACCCUUGAAGUGGGGAAGGGCAUUUCACUUACCUCCUACAUCAUUACCUCGUUACUUGAAAUCCCCUUCGGGAUGUCCCUUCAUCUGUGCUGCUUGAGUCCACCCCCUUUGGUGGGUACAGAACAGUCCAAAUGAAAAAGAAAAUACUUCCAUCGCCCUCGGGGCUUUGUGCCAAUAAGGGGAAGCCAGUCAUUCAGAUCCCCAAAGGAAGUCUUGGCCCCUAUAGCUAAAGCCAAGGCUUAGUCCCGGGGGUUCCAACAAAGGCUGGUUUUCUUUUCCGUCUUCUUUCUCCAAAGGCUAGGCCAGGCAGCGUGCUCAAGCCUUUCCUUCAGUAACCUAGGGCCCGGGGCUGGGAGCCCUGUGCUCCAGGUCUGCUUGUUUCAGAGGGCCUCCUCAACUAGCCUGGAUUCCUCCCUUUUAAGGGCCAACCCCAAGACCUGACGAGCCUCAGAGGCUUGUCAAAUUGGAGCUGGUUGUGACCAAAGGAGUUCUGUAACACCACCUUGCCUGAUGGCGGUGCGGGAGUCAUUUACAUCACCACAACAACCAAUAAUGGCAUUAUCCAUCUUAGCUGCAGCAUUGCAAUGGGGGCUCAUGUUCAGUUGAUUAUCUACAACAUCCUUUGCAGAGGCUCAGCUUUCCCAGAUACAGGCCCCACCCUGUAAGUAUAACCUACUCUUUUGUUCCUGUAUGUUGGCCCUUGCAUUUGGUUGUAUUAAAAUGUAUGGAGUUUGAUUUAUCAAGUGAUCUGAAUUUCUCUGUAACAGUGAUCUUGUCCUCCUCAUACCACUCCCAUCAACCUUAAUGGCCUCUGCCAACUUUAUCAGCAGUAAUAAUUGAGCUAUAACUAUUUAAACCAAGGGGAUUAGCCCAGGUCUGCGGGGCUGACCACACACCAUAGUUCCCUAAUGCUCUUGGUGGCAGAUAGGAAGGAACUGAUAUGUUUGGGGGCUGUGCUCCCUUGAUAUGAGUUAUGAAACUGAAUGUCAAUGUCACUAAGGUCAUGCAGCCCCAGUGGACAGCCCCUCAGACAAGGGGGUGCCAAUCUUCCAAGUAUGAAAUCAGAGUUGACUCAUGAAGAACAAAAGUUACUGGUAAGUAAACUUUUACUUUUUCCAGGUCCUUGAUAAAAGUAUUGAGUAGCAUUGGGCUGAGAACCAGUCUUUCGCAACACAGUCAUUCAUUGAUAGAUCUCAAAAUGUUAAUGGAGAAUCAUCUGUUAGCACAUAAGUGUAUUAAAAUCUGGCUAUGUUAAUAUUGUAUAGUGCUAAUUUUUGAAUCAGAAUGUUGUGUGGUACUAAGUCAAAUGCCUUACAGAAUUCUAGGGGUGUUUUGUCCACCCAAUUACUCUUAUCAAUCAAACUUGUAAUCGUCUCAAAAAAUAAUAUCCAGUUUGUUUGACAAGACCUAUUAUCUAAAAUCACGUUGACUGGAUAUUAAUUAUAUUAUCAUCCUGUAAUUCUUUAUUGAUUGAGUCACUUAUCAGCUGUUCCAUUAUUUUGCUUGAGAUCAGUGUCCUGCUUGCCCUUUUUAAAUAUUGCACAAGAUAAGCUUUUUUCUAGUUCUCUGGAAAUUUCCCAUUAUUUAAAGAUUUACUAAAUGCCACAAGUACUCCUGUUCUUUUUGCGGAUACAGCCUAACACGGCUGCUACUCUGACACCUGAAAAUUAACAUUACUGGUCCAGAGAGUUCCUUGGCCAAUUCAUUUAAAACUCUUGGGUGCAAGUUAUCUGCCUGAAGGGGAUAAAGCAGCUGCAGUGGGGAAAGCUGGGCUGGUAGGGAAAGCAGCCACAGCUAUGGUCAGCUUAAUCAGGGCCCCGCUGGGCCUUAUAAGAGGGCUGUGGGUCAGAAGCUGCAGACAUACACUUCCUCUAAUUUUCUUGAGAGAGAAGGACCUGACUGCCUGGGAAGCUGAGGAUGUUACUUAGAGUGGAGUAGUGCUGGGGAAGGGCAGAGGAAGCUGGGGAGCUCCAGCCUAGCAAAGCCCAGGCUGCAGGCCGAGUUAAGAGCCCACAAAAGGUACUGGGGCUGCAGAGGGGCAACCCAGAGAUUGGCAAGGGGGCCAGCUGCCUCUGCCGAUGAUGAGUGGUUUAGAGACUGCAGUCCGCCCCAGGGAGCGGGGGCUAGAUGAUGACUGGCAGUAGCCAUUGAGGCAAGGUUGGGGAUAGAGGGUUGGGAGUUCCCCUGGGAGGGGAGACCCAGAGACUGCGUGGGUACUGCAGAGAGCAGAACCCCGAGACAAAGGGCACCGGGGUCUGGGAGGGACACAGGGGCCAGCGGCAGGCAAGACAUCAGCCAUCAGAGGUCGCUCCGAAGCUGGAGAAAGAGCUAAUUCCCUGGACAACCAUCAGGAGGCGUCACGCUGGUGAGUCGUCACCCCAUCUCACCUGGACUUGCUGAUUUAAAAAUGUUGAACUUUAGUAGAAGUUGUUUAACACCUUCAUUGUUCUAGAUACUUUCUGAUAGUCAAAAAGAUGAGAAAUUUCCAGCACAGCCUGGAUCUUGGAAAUCUGAAUCGGUAUCUGGCAAAAGAAAAGUUUAAGAUGGUUACCCUAGGAGCCAUCGUGUGUGCUAGAGAAAAUCAGCUGCUUGAAUGCCCUGGACCUUAAUGAUGCUUCUGUGCACAAAGGGAAACGUCUCAAGCACUGGGAAUAUCUGAUUGGUUGUAGGGGAACAGCAUUAUCUGCACUUUUGGACUGGCAUCAGCACUGUGUUUUCAUUAAAUGCUUGGUAGUUGUGGACUCCUGGUCUCUGUAGGUAGCCCCGACAUUCCCCUGCCAUGGCAAUUAACUGAUUAAGGACACUGCUCUGGUUGGUGUCAAAGAUCAGUGUGUAUAUCCCGUGGGGUUCUUAGGAUACUUUAUCAAGAAGCUUAAUGACCAAAGUUCCAACUUGCACCAGAAGACAAUUGUCAUAUUCAGGAGCCCUCUUAGAUAUCUCAACUCAAAUCUUUCCUGCCUAGGAUGGGAUCCAACAUCUAAUUCGCUUGGCAGAAAAGAUAAUGAAAAGUCAGCAGGUGACAGUACAGGCCAUGCUAUGAAUGUUCUAUCUAGUGGCUACAACUGUGUUUGUAGUUUCCAUGGCACAAUCUGCACAUGAGGCAACCUCAGCAGACCCUGGGAUCCCACUGGAAAUAAGCAACACAAGGGCUUCCAUUUCAUAUCUGUGUAACAGAUUGGAUGUCUCAACACCUCCUAUCUAAACUGCAGCUGAGGGACUACCCCUUCAUUGAACUUUGUCUCCUCAGGAACAGCAGUUGCACAUAAAUGUUCUGGAGAUGGAGUCCUAUCCUAAUCCCAAAGACCUUCAGUGAUCUUGUAUCCCCAGUGAUGGUCUUCAUGGAAAGCAUGGCAACCUGAUACCCAUUUCAGUCAACAGACAAGGAGCUCCUCCAGCCCUUGAUCAUGUUUGUGGCUCUCCUUUGACUUCAACUUCCAAUCUCUCACGUACUGAGGAGCCCAGAAGUGAUCUCAUUUCAGCAGGGGUAGCACAGAUUAGUGCAUCGUUGCUGCCCAGCUUGCUCUGUACCAGUUUCAGGGUAAUUCCCCAAGUUGUUUGCUGCUUCUAAAUGGAUUCCAGUGAAUUUCCUGGAUCUUUGGACCCACUUUCUCUGCCUGAUAAGCCACUGAUUGGUGAUCUCCCUGCUGACAUGGAGUUUGGGGAAGACCUUCUGGGCUCCCAGACAGCUUCUACACAGCAAGGGUCAGGUCUUCAACCCCCUGUGAUGGAAUGGGAUCAGACCAAGCAGGUCACUGCAGAUGGGGACUUAGACCUUUUGGUGAAAGCAGACAGUUUGGCUGACCUAAGCAAAUCAAACAAUCUUGAUCUAAAUAAACCCAGUGUCUUGGAUGUUCUGGAGAAACCUGGUGUCUUAGAUGACUUGGAUGAAGCCACUGACUUGAUGGUUCUAGAUAAACCAGGGGAUUUGGAGGGUCUGUACAAGGCACAUUCUUCCCAGGACAUGGCGGAUGGGCAUGGGGACUCCUCUGUGCUGGCUAGGGAAGACAUUGUGCCAGAAGCUUGGAAAGAAGGGGAAGAUAAACCAAAAUAUGACUCUGGGGACCUAAAAGAUGAUUGUGCUGCUGCCACUGCUGCGCUUUGUGAUGGCAAUACCCUGGAGUCCCCCCUGCAGCCCAUUCCUGUUGCAGGGGAGCUGAGCUGUGCGCCAUCCACAGAGGAAUUUACAACGCAGCUCUCAAGUUUGCCAGCGGUUUCGCCACAGCCCAGUCUUAAGCAGGCAAAGAAAACAAGGUUGAAGGCACCAAGGAAAAGCUCCCCUGUGCAAAAAGAGGAGCCAGCAGCAGAAGAGGGGCUACAACAGAGCCCUGCCCUGCCCCCGGAGCACACUGACGAAGGCCAGGCUGAGGAGGGGGAGGAGGAUGGAGGUAAUGCCCUCAGACAAGAGAGCAGCAUGCCGAAAGCACAGGAGACCACACUGUCAUCAUCCCCAGGAGAAGACCUGGCCGGGAAGGGAAGCGAACAGCCAACUGAGAAGGAGCAGAAGAGAAGCGAACGAGCCAGGAGAUCAGAGGCAGCCAGGCCUGAAACUGUGAAUUCCUCCGAGAGCAUCCCGGUCUCUGAUGAGGACUCGGAUGCUAUGGUGGAUGAUCCCAAUGAUGAGGACUUUGUUCCCUUCCGUACCCGGCGCUCGACCCGCAUGUCCUUACGCACACAGAUGGCUCAGCGGGCUGCCCGCUCCACCGUCACCAAGAUGACUUGUGCCAACUGCCGGACCCCACUGCAGAAGGGCCAGACAGCCUACCAGCGCAAAGGGCUCCCUCAGCUCUUCUGCUCCAGUUCCUGUCUCACCACCUUCUCCAAGAAACCACCCGGCAAGAAGAUCUGCACCUUCUGUAAAAAAGAGAUCUGGAACACCAAGGAUUCUGUUGUGGCCCAGAUCGGCUCAGGUGCUUCUUUCCAUGAGUUCUGCACCUCUGUGUGCCUCUCCCUCUACGAAGCGCAGCAGCAGAGACCAGCCCCUCAGCCUGCAGAGGCCUCGGACACCAGCCGCUGCAGUGUCUGUCACAAGCCUGGGGAGAUCCAGCACGAGGUCAGCAAUGGGAACGUGGUGCACCGGCUCUGCAGUGACGCCUGCUUCACCAAAUUCCGAGCCACCAAGGGGCUGAAAACCAACUGCUGUGAUAACUGCGGCCUCUACAUCUACAACAAGGGAUUGCCACUGGAGUACCUCUUCCACGAGGGCCAGCAGAAACGCUUCUGCAAUUCCACCUGCCUCAAUAGCUACAAGAAGAAGAAUACCCGCGUGUACCCCUGCAUGUGGUGCAAAACGCUGUGUAAGAACUUCGACAUGCUGCCCAACGUGGAUCGGAGCGGCAAGAUGGGCCUGUUCUGCUCCAUCUGCUGUACCACCUCUCACAAAGUGAAGCAGUCGGGUCUGACUGGUCCCGCUAGGCCCUGCAGCUUCUGCAGAAAGAGCCUGUCUGAGCCCUGCUAUUACAACAAGACUGACCGGGUUGUGUACCAGUUCUGCAGCCCCAGCUGCUGGACCAAAUUCCAGCGUACCAGCCCCGAGGGGGGGAUCCACCUGAACUGUCAUUACUGUCACAAUCUCUUCAGCGGGAAGCCAGAGAUUCUGGACUGGCAGGACAAAGUGUACCAGUUCUGCUGCAAGGACUGCUGUGAGGACUUCAAGCGGCUGCGUGGGGUGGUGUCCCAGUGUGAGCACUGCAAGCAAGAGAAGCUGCUGCACGAGAAGAUCCGCUUCUCUGGGGUGGAGAAGAACUUCUGCAGCGAAGGUCAGACUCCCGAGCCCAAACCUCCUGGCUCUUCCCCACAGAAAGCAGAGACUAAUAUGGUGUCUGCAAAGGCCUCCUCAGCCCAGAUGUCCCCAGCUCCCCCACCGCCACCAGUUCCAGCCACGCCUCGGAAGAACAAGGCUGCUAUGUGCAAACCAUUGAUGCAGAACCGGGGUGUGUCCUGCAAGAUAGAAGUGAAGUCCAAGGGAUGUCAGACAGAGGCAGACUGGAAGCCACAGGUGAUUGUGUUGCCGAUCCCCGUCCCGAUCUUCGUGCCUGUGCCUAUGCAUAUGUACUGCCAGAAAGUACCCGUGCCUUUCUCCAUGCCUGUCCCGGUGCCUGUGCCAAUGUUCCUGCCCACCACGCUGGAGAGCACGGAUAAGAUAGUGGAGACCAUCGAGGAGCUGAAGGUGAAGAUCCCUUCCAACCCCCUGGAGGCUGACAUCCUGGCCAUGGCCGAGAUGAUCGCAGAGGCUGAGGAGCUGGACAAGGCAUCCUCAGACCUGUGCGACCUGGUGAGUAACCAGAGCGCGGAGGGUCUCCUGGAGGACUGCGACCUGUUUGGGCCAGCAAGAGAUGAUGUGUUAGCCAUGGCUGUCAAGAUGGCAAAUGUCUUGGAUGAGCCUGGCCAGGACCUGGAGGCCGACUUCCCCAAAAACCCUCUGGACAUUAACCCCAGUGUGGAUUUCCUCUUUGACUGUGGCCUGGUCGGGCCAGAUGAUGUAUCCACAGAUCCAGACCUCCCUCGCACCAUCCGGAAGGGUCAGAAGCGUCUGGUGCUCUCCGAAAGCUGCUCCCGGGACUCCAUGAGCAGCCAGCCGAGCUGCACAGGACUGAAUUAUUCAUAUGGGGUGAAUGCCUGGAAAUGCUGGGUGCAGACAAAGUACGCCGGCGGGGAGUCCAGCAAGGGAGAGGAGCUGCGCUUUGGGCCUAAGCCCAUGCGUAUCAAAGAGGAUAUCCUGGCCUGCACGGCUGCCGAGCUCAACUAUGGUCUUGCCCAGUUCGUCAAGGAGAUAACACGGCCCAACGGCGAGCGCUAUGAGCCAGACAGCAUCUAUUACCUCUGCCUCGGCAUCCAGCAGUACCUGCUGGAGAACAACCGGAUGGUGAAUAUCUUCACAGACCUUUACUACCUGACCUUCGUGCAGGAGCUGAACAAGUCCCUGAGUGGCUGGCAGCCCACACUCUUACCAAACAACACCAUCUUCUCCCGUGUGGAGGAGGAGCAUCUCUGGGAGUGUAAGCAGCUGGGGGUGUACUCCCCCUUUGUCCUCCUCAACACCCUCAUGUUCUUCAACACCAAGUUCUUCGGCCUGCAGACUGCGGAGGAGCACAUGCAGCUGUCCUUCACCAAUGUGGUACGCCAGUCCCGCAAGUGCACUACAGCCCGGGGCACCACCAAGGUGGUGAGCAUCCGCUACUACGCCCCCGUCCGGCAGAAAAAAGGGCGAGACAGCAGUUCUGGGAAGCGGAAGCGAGAGGAGGAACUGCCGAUCCUGGAGCAGCGGGAGAACAGGAUGAACCCACUCCGGUGCCCGGUCAAGUUCUAUGAAUUCUAUCUCUCCAAAUGUCCAGAGAGCCUGCGGAACCGGAACGACGUCUUCUACCUGCAGCCAGAGCGGUCAUGCAUUGCAGAGUCACCUCUCUGGUACUCGGUCAUCCCCAUGGACAGGAGCAUGCUGGAGAGCAUGCUGAAUCGCAUCCUGGCCGUCCGGGAGAUCUACGAGGAGCACAGCCGGGGCAGCGGCUUGGAGGAGGACAUGGACUGAGCGCAGGCCAGGGCUGGAGCAUGGGCAGGCGGCACCCAGAGCCCGCUGGGCUGGGUCUGCUCUGGCCUGGGAAGGUGUCUCCCCUGCUCCUCGUAUCUGGCCAGGGUUGUGGCAUGUGAGUGUGGCAUGGCAUGGCAUGGGGGUGUAGUGCCGCUCCCAGCCCUGCAGAUGUGGUAGCGCUGUCCAGCUCAGCGCAUGUAGGACUCUGAACAUCCCUGCCUGAUGCUAGUAACAUGCCGUCCCCCUCCCCCACCAGCCCCUGGCACCCAGGCCCUACCUGUGCUCUGCCUGACUGGGGCAGUGUCCCACUUCCCCCGCCUGUCUUCCCGGGGUGGAGAUACAGAGCCAGUCCCUCUCCCAGCCAGGAACCCCAAAGGGCACUGGCCCGGUGAGCCCUGCCUGUCCCUUCUCCCCAGGGCCGUUCUCAGUCUCCCCCUGCCUGGUGUAACAUGGGGAAGAGACUGCUCAGUGCAGUGGGGACAGGCUGGGCCUAGCAGACCGCACAGGAGGCCCUGAGCCUACAGUCAGCUCCCUGCCCAAGCAGCAGGAGUGGGGAAGUGAGUCAUGCUCAGCACGCAGGGCCCUGGGAGGAGCCGUGCCAGCCGGGGUAGCAGGGCCAUUCCUAGACGCUGACUCUGUGGGCUGGACCAUUCCCAGCUCUGCUGGAGGGGGCUGCGUUCCCAGAGGGGCCUGGCUGUGCUGUCUCUGGUUCCUCAUCUCAUUCUCCUCUUCAGCAGCGCAGAGCUCACUGCCCAGGGGGCUCCUGGGAUCUCCCUUCCCCAGCUCUGCAUUAGCUGUGGCUUCACCCUGCAUUGUGCACUCACAACAGCCACUGGGGGCCGUUGAAGGUCUGAAUUCUGCAUCGGGCAUGGGAGCCAAGGGGCAUCCUCGCUGCCAGAGCUGAUGAGCAGGGGCCCCUCCCUUCCUCCCUGCCCCCCAAGCUCUAGCAGAAUGGACGGUGCCCCCGUUGCUAGCCUGACACUAUCAGAUGGAGGAGGUAGCCUCUGUGCCUGGACUCAUUGCUGCUGGGCCCGUCUCCUCCAAGCCUGCAUUAGACUGAGAAUCCUGCUGGGCCGCGCCAGGCCAGAACUUGCAAGCAGUGGAGGGGGGCCGCAGGCCGACAGAGGAGUGAAGCCUGCCUGGGUCUCUCCCUUGCCCAGCCCCUGCCCCAGCUUUGCUGUUCCCUUCUGGCUCCCUCCCCUUGGUGUUUUGUUUUGAUUUUUUUAUCAGCUGUCAAUGGGACUCGGCACUGUCUGUUGAGUCUGUAUAUAUUGUUCUGGGACCUGGCCCGGGGCCCUCUGUCUCCAUGUCAAGAGUGAGCCAGUCACCGGUCUUGUUGUAGUGCUAACGGGGCAUUAGGCUAACCUUGUGUCUCUAGAAACCAUUCAUUUCAAAUAAAGAUGCAAAAACCUG